CUCUUCACUCACUCAUCAUCGAUCCCUCUCUCUCAUUACAAAAAAACGAUGGCGAAGCUCUCAAUUUUCGCAGCUACUCUCCUCCUCCUCCUAGCCAUCUCCAACGCCACCAUCUACCAAACCACCGUCAUCACCAGGGAUGAUGGGUCCGAAUUUGGGCAGUUCCAGGGGAGCCAGAGCCAGAGGUGCAGGCAGCAGAUACAAGGCCAGCAGUUCCAGCAGUGCGAACGGUACAUUAGGCAGCAAGCGGAGCAACAGCAGGGCGGGCAGGGUGACGUACUGAUUUUACGGGGCAUCCGAAACCAGCAACAACAGGAACAGCAAUGGCUCCGCCAGUGCUGCCAAGCGUUGCAGAACAUGGAUCAGCAAUGCCAGUGUGAGGGUCUCCGCCAGAUAGUGCAAAGGCAGCAGGGUCAGGGUCAGGGUCAGGGUCAGGGUCAGGGUCAGGGUCAGGGUCAGGGACAGGGUCAGGGUCAGAGAGAGCAGCAGCAGGAGAUGAUGCAGAUAGCACAGAAGCUGCCGGAAAGGUGCGGCUCCGGACAAGCCUGCCAGAGCAUGCAAGUUGUCUGGUUCUAGGGCUUUUGCAGCGGUGUUGAUAAUAAAGUACAGUCACUUACGGUGACUGGAAACGAGUAACAAUAGUAAUAAUCACACAUUAUCGUGUGUGUUUCUGUGUUUUGGCUUUGUGGCCAGUCUCUUUAAUAAAUUAACGUCACUUCGGAUGACUUCCCUCU